AUGGGGGCGGUGGGCCUAGGGCUGGUGGACUGUCACUGCCACCUCUCCGCCCCGGACUUUGACCACGAUCUGGAUGAUGUGCUGGAGAAAGCCAAGAAAGCCAAUGUUAUGGCUCUUGUGGUGGUCGCUGAACAUUCAGGAGAAUUUGAAAAGAUUAUGCAGCUUUCAGAAAGGUAUAAGGGGUUUGUCCUGCCAUGCUUGGGUGUUCACCCAGUUCAAGGAGAUUCACCAGAAGACCAAAGAAGUGUCACAUUAAAGGAUUUGGAUGUAGCUUUGCCCAUUAUCGAGAAUUAUAAGGAUCAGUUAUUGGCAAUUGGAGAGGUUGGACUGGAUUUCUCCCCCAGAUUUGCUGGCACUGAUGAACAGAAGGAAGAGCAAAGACAAGUCCUAAUCAGACAGGUCCAGUUAGCCAAAAGACUAAAUUUGCCUUUAAAUGUUCACUCACGCUCAGCCGGAAGACCUACCAUCAGCCUCUUAAAUGAGCAAGGUGCUGACAAAGUGUUGCUGCAUGCGUUUGACGGUCGGCCAUCUGUGGCCAUGGAAGGAGUAAAGGCUGGGUACUUCUUCUCAAUUCCUCCUUCUGUCAUAAGAAGUGAGCAGAAGCAGAAACUUGUGAAACAGUUGCCUUUAACUUCAAUUUGCUUAGAAACGGAUUCCCCUGCGCUGGGACCAGAAAAGCAGGUACGGAACGAGCCCCAGAACAUUUCCAUUUCAGCAGAAUAUAUUGCCCAGGUGAAAGGGGUCUCAGUGGAAGAAGUUAUAGACGUGACAACACAGAACGCAUUGAAACUGUUUCCCAAGCUUCAGCGGCUGCUCCCAAAAUAG